AAAUGUGAACGGAGGCCGUUUUUGGAAUUCUAUGAUGUUAUAAACGUCAUUAUUGUAGGUAUUGUUUUUAAUGCAAAAUUUUGAUACGUGAUUGCGAACGCGUGUAACGCGCACGUGCUGGACUGUGACGCAGGGACGCACGCUUUACGUGGAAUUGGCACGCGAUUUGUAACGUGAUUUAAAUGCUGUAACGUUAGAACAUUAAAGUUUUUUUUUACAGUAAAACAUGACUGUGCCACAUGAUUUAACCAUGUGCUUAAAAUUAACUUUAGAACACAGUUGUAUUAUUACAUCCACUGUUAGGUCUGUAAUGAAUAUACAACAUUCUGUAUACAUAAAAUACCAUCCAUCCAUCCAUCCAUCCAUCCAUCCAUUCAUCAGCAAAACAAAAACCACACGCAUGGAGUUCCCGGGUCGAAGACGGCCUGUUAGUCUCGGUACAUCGACUCUGAGGAGAAGAAUGGAUCGCAUGUUACCUUUCUCAGAACGUCGCACAUCCAAAGUGUGGAACCACUACACCCAGCUUAGUAUGCAUCGUGUUGAGUGUAACCAUUGCAAGAGACAGCUGUCCUUUCACAACAGCACUACGUCGAUGAGAGAGCACCUGGGACGGAAGCACAGCAUUCGUGACGGAGCUGUUCCACCUCCCAACACUGCCGAAGUCCCAAACCCCUCAGCAUUACGUCAACACAUUGCUACAUCCACUUUACUUGAUGGCAGAUUCCCAACAUCUAAUGUGACCAUGGAAGCGCCGACUGGAUCGUUCCAGCCGGUAGUACCUGUUAUUGUCAAAGAGGAGCAGCAUGAAGAACUAUCAGCUGAGGCAGGUGAGGCCAAACAUACCUGCACUACAUAUGUCCCUGGUUCUGCAGGUGUUGGCACUUCAAAUUCAAAUUCCCUUCCCAGUCAGGAUAUAGAACAAUCUUACAGAUUUUCCCCAGAUGAGCUUAACACCACACUUAACAACAGUGGUGGCAGCAACAACAGUGGUGCAAGGGGCUACAGUGAUAAGCGAGCAGGACUUGUCACAGAUCUAAUUUUGGAAAUGGUGUACAGAGACCUGCAACCUUUUUCAGUUGUAGAAGAGAGGGGAUUCAGACUCUUGCUUAGUUGCCUUGAACCCAAUUAUCCCGUUCCAUCACCAUCUUUGCUCGGGAACCUUUUGUGGCAUCGCUACCACAUUCUCAAGCAAUGUCUUCAGCAGCAUCUUCAAACAGGCCUUUCUGCCCGAUGUUUGGCCAUUUGCACUGAACACUGGCGCUCCGUGGAAGGAUGUGGGGUCGAAGGAAGUGGCCAGUUCUACCUCACUGUCAGUGCACAUUUUGUUGACUCUAACUGGCAACUGGCCCGCUGUAUUUUAGAGACUCGUCCAAUACCAGAAUACAAAGGCAACGCCAUGAACAGUGGGCUGGCUAAGUUUGCAUACACAUUAAAAGCAGUUCUUUCAGAAUUCCACCUCCCUGAGAGUUACGUGUUCUGUGUUGUUUAUGACACUCCCUGGGGUAUGGAGUGCAGGAGGCAAGGAAGCAUGACUCUUGAUCAAGACUAUCAACAGGAAUUUCCGGGACCCAGUCAUGCUCCCAUUCAGUCCCUUCCAGAGGGAUGGGAACCAAUUCCUUGCGCAGGGGAAGCCCUCAAGAUGUGUGUCCAAGAAGGACUUUAUGUAGAGACUGUCAGACAGGCACUUGAGGAUGCUCGUGGAAUUGUUCUACACUUCCAACACGAUGUUAAUUCUGCAGCAGCUCUAAAUCAAAAAGCAGAAGCUGCCGACAAAGGUGCAGCACGGCUGGUCCUAGAUGACCCAGGGCGUUGGGCCACAGCCAUUGACAUGUGUGAAAGACUUCUUGAGCUUAAGUGGGUGGUUAGCUCAGUGUUGGAAGACCAAAAGGCUGCUCCUAAUUUGGCUGACCAUCAGUGGCGUUUAUUACAUGAAUUGGUCCCGGUGCUAAGAACGGUACGAAUCGCAGCAUCCUUUCUGAGUGAAGACAUUAAUGCAUCUAUUUCUUCCUUGAUGCCAUGCCUCCAAGGUGUGUCAAGAAUCCUGGGGCAGAACAUGACUGAGUGCAGCUGUCCCGUGGUCAGGGGAGUCAUGGAAAGGAUCCGCAAUGGGAUGGAAAAGCGCUGGAGACUGACUGAUGAGGAGUCUUUGCUCGACAGUCCUGCUGUCCUGUCAUCAUUCCUGGACCCAAGGUUCAAGGAGAUGCGAUUUUUAAGCCCACAUGCUCGCAGUAAGCUGCAUGACAAGGUUAAAGAGUUGUUAUCUGUUCAGGCUUACACAGAUGAUAGAGAGGUUGACCAAGAUAUAGACAGGGGCUUGGAAGUGAGAGAGAAUGAAACAGGAGGGGAGACUGCUGUUUUGGGAUUGGAUGACCAACUACCUAUUCCCACAGUGGCAUCACUGGAUUCCCCUGAGUCAUGUGCCUCAUGUCCAGAGGAAGGUGACAGCAUUGAACUUCAGCAGAAUGAUAAUUUUGUAGCUGUCUCAUCUCCAGAACACAUAAAUGAAAAUAUAAUUGUGGAUUCACCUUCCAAAGCUACGGGCGGACGUAAACGAACAGCCAGCUUGGCUGGACUGUCAUCUACACUGGCAUGUGAUCGGCAACUCACUGCCCGUAUGCGAAUAAGUUCUGUUCCUCAAAGUAUGUAUGACAUUCUUCUAGGAGAGGAUCCUACUGAACGAAUGCCUGAAAUCCAGCAGCAGCUGGAGAAUUACAUAGCAGAGCCGCUUUGCAAACGUAGCCUCUCACCUCUUCACUGGUGGCGUAACAAAGAGCACCGCUUUCCUGCGGUGGCCCGACUUGCACGAAAAUAUCUUUCAAUCCCAGCUACAGCUAUUCCUGCUGAGCGUGCUUUUGCACCAAGGGAAUCCCCUGUGACCCACAGAAGAGCUAUGCUAGGAACAGAAUAUCUUGACCAAGUAUUGUUUCUUCAUCAGAACUGCGAUUAUGUAGAGCAGCUUAAGGGUGGUCUUUCAGGACAUAGAGAGACUGAACAUAACAGUGGUCUGAGUGGGAACCAAAGUAGAGACAGUCUGUAUCAGACUUUAGUUUCCUAUGAUAAUAAGGUUUAAGUAAAGAAGGGCUAUGAUUACUGUUUGUUGACCGAUGGCUCCCUUGCACUCUCAAAGUGCUUGAAUGUACAGUAUAUAAUGUAUUGAACUCAAUACUUUCAUAAUCUUUAUUUUUAACAAGUAUAAAAAUAAGCUCCUUGGGGUUUUGUCAUUGUUAAAAAAAAAAGUUUAGUCAAUAAGAAGCGACUAUUUUUACAGUUUAACAGUUGUGCAGCUACUAACAGUUUUAUUUAGAAUAACCACAAAAAUUGUCAACUCAAAUUUUAAAUAAUGCUGAUUCUUAUUCCGUAUAAGGAAAGUAUUACACUACCUUUCUUUAGUGUUUGGAAGCUGGGAGUUCUGGGGAAUGGUAUGAUCGUCUUCUUGUAACUAUGCCGUAUUCAUCGGUAUGCUACAUUUUAUGCGCCUGCUAAAUAUUUUGUGAUAACGUGUUGAUUUGCAGGGUACAGUCCUAAAUGUAUUUUUAAAAUUAAAAUGUCCAUUUCUUAAGCUUUGAAUGUGUUUACAAACAAACAAACAAAAAAAGCAUCGAUCAUUUCAUGCAUGCAUUUCAUAAACAGUUAUUGUUUAUUCCAUGUACAAAAUGACACUUGUAACUUGUGACAUCAGGUAUUGGUUAUUAUCCCUAUAUGUAACAGCUGAUUAAGAUGUACUCCAUGAACUGCAUGCCAAAUUAAAGCUUGUUUGAAACAGA